UUGAAUUUGAGUCCUUUUGAUUCUUUAAUUUCAAAUGAAUCCAAGUCAUUAUUAUUUGUAUAAAUAUUUGUUUUAAUAACAGUAUGGCCGAAAAGGAGUCGUUAGCCGCCAAACUUGACGAAGACGUAAAUAUUUAUGUUGAUAAAAUGAUUGAGAAAAACAAGAAUUACAGAUAUGCAAAUCCUCUCAGUGAGGACAACUGGGAAGAGGAAUUAGAGAACAUACCAUUAUUUAUGACAAAAAGCCCAGAAGAGGUUGACCCUGAGAAAGCUCCUGCCAUAGCAGCAAUGCAAGCUUUGAAAUUUGAGGAAGAUGAUCCUAAUACCAAAGCACUUUCAUAUAAAGAGGAUGGCAAUGAGGAGUUUAAGAAAAAGAAUUAUAAGAAAGCAAUUAAAGUGUACACUGAAGGGAUUAAAAUAAAUUGUUCUGAUACAGUUAUGUCAACACUGUAUGCCAACCGAGCAAAUGCACAUUUUAAGAUUGGAAACUUUCGAACAUCUUUAAAUGAUGCAACAGAAGCAAAGAAUAUGCAACCUAGUUAUGUUAAAGCAAUAUUUCGUGGUGCAUGUGCAUGCAUGGAACUGGAACUAUACAAUGACGCAAUUACUUGGUGCAAAGAAGCCUUGGCUUAUGAUCCAGAUGAGAAAAGCUUUCAAGAUCUUCUCAAGAAAGCAACUUUAAAACUGAAACAAUAUGAAAGAGAUAAAAGAAAGAAAAAGGCAGAAGAAAGUAAGAUAAAAAAGUCGAAAGAUCGGCUUAUUGAAGUUAUAAAGAAUAGAGGUGUUACGUUGCGUCCUAUUCCUGGGGAAGAGAAUACCGGUAAUGAACCAGAUACAGAAGACAACAACUUAGAGUUUGACAAACUUAGAGCUCUUGGAUUAAACAACCAACACAUCCCAGGGAAAGGUCAGGUCAUUUUAGACAGCGAUGGAAUCUUGCAUUGGCCUGUUCUGUUUGUAUACCCGGAGUAUGGUCAGACGGAUUUCAUUGAAGCAUUCAACGAGAAUCAUAGAUUCUCAGACCACUUGGAAGUAAUGUUUUCUUCUGAAGCCGUUCCAUGGGAUAUUGAUAACAAAUACCAAUUUUCACAUUUAGAAGUAUAUUUCGAGGAUGUGGAAAAGAACGGCUUGGUUUUCGUUUCACAGACUACCUGUCUAGCAAACGUUUUAUCAGAUCCGAGAUAUGUCGUGUAUGGAGGGACACCAUCGUUUAUUAUUUUAGUCAAAGAUACUUCUUUUCAAAAACAAUUUAAAUCAAAAUAUAGACUAUAUCAUAGGUGAAACACGUUUUGAAUAUAACUUCGCUCUCAAGAAUAAUGUCUUAAUUUUAGUAUACGCAGAGUUGAAACCACUACCCUUGAGAUAUAGCGUGUAUUUGAAUUUGAAGACAUUACUAUCCCAGCAAAAAAACACAGGGUGUAUAAGCAAGAUGAAUAAACCAAAAUCAAGUAUAAACAAGACUAUAUUAAAAAUCUCAAUAAAAUUA